AUCAAAUAAAAAAUAAUGUCUAAUCAUCCACAAGCUGCAUAAUAACCACAAUAAGCUCCAGGUCCAGUUCCUUAGGCAUAAUAGAGACCUGCUGCCCCAGUUUAUCCAAAUGCUUAUUUACCCCCUAAUUAUUAUCCAGCUUCUCCAAUUAGAUAAUCUUAUGUGGCUCCAGUUGCUCCUGUAGCUCCCAUUCAAUAUGCACCAGUGGCCUAAGUGCCUGUUGCACCAAUAGCUUCUGUUCCUGUUUAACAAUUAGCACCUGUCUAAGUUCAACCGGUAGCAGUUGCCCCUGUAGCUCAAGUAAAUUUGAAUUAAAUUUUAGCACCAAACCAUAAAAGGUGAAUCAAGAAUUGAAUAUAUUCCAUAUCAAAAAGCUGUUGUUGAAUAUGAGGAAUAAGAAAUUGUGUCUUAUGUUCCAAGGGAAACAAAAGUCACAGAUUACUAUGCUGUUGAAUAUUAAACAGAAUAUAUCCCUUAAGUGUUCUAAGAGAAAUACACAGGUAUUAAAAGAGUAAAUAUAAUUCAGAGUACGUCCCAGUUGAUAGAUAUCAAGAGAGAGUGGAAUACUAUCCAGUUGAAAGAUAAGUGGUUCAUUAAUAGCCAACCCAAUAUGUUUAAUAAGCUGUUUCAGUUGUCCAAUAGCCAGUCAUUCAAUAAUCCGUUCAAUAUGUUCAACAACCAGUCCAAUAUGUUCAACAACCAGUCUAAUAUGUUUAACAACCAGUCUAAUAUGCUUAAUAACCAGUCUAAUAUGCUUAAUAACCAUUGAUUGCAUCUAGAGUUGUUCCUUAAUUUGUAUAACCAUAAUAUGCUGCAGCUCCUGUGGCUAGACCAUCAUAACCAUAAUAAUAAUAAUCACAUUAACCAUAACAAGUGCCAUCUUAAUAGCCAAGAUCUUAAGCAACCCAAUAAUAGGCAUAAUAAUAACAAUGAAAUAAAAUUAUAUAUAUA